UUAACGUUCAGUGCAGCGUGUAAAGACAGCGCUAAGAAUUUAAAAGACGCCUGAGUCAGAACAUUUAAAUGCUUGGGUCCCUGUAGCAGUGUUUUAACACGUCUGAGUGCAGAGGGUGGAGAAUCGAGCCUUGAUUGCCGCCACUGUGCACGCCCUGUAACAUUUUAAAAGGGUAAAGAAAGCACCCUGAGAAACCCACGUGGGCCCUUCCCUUCCGGAGGGAACAGAGUUGACUUUCUGAAAUUUGAGUUGGUCCUCACCACCGCCCGCGAAAUUUGCCUACAGAACCUUUUAUGUGCGGCCUUAGAUCAACAAUAAACAGAACUGUUAAAACACUGGGCUUAACUAAGUAGUGGCUUUUGUUGACAUGUCGAUUGUGUUAAUUCUUAAUGUCUCAUCCAAAAGCAGGGAGCGUUAUCUCAGUUUUGCAGGUGGAAAAAAUAGUUUGGCACAAAGAAAGCAGUUUCCCUUAAAUUCACACAGAAGCAACGGCCGAGCAGCAAAUUAAGUCCUAGCACUCUGCCUCCUCAGCUGCGUUCCCCCUGUAGACCGUGCUACAAAACAAAUGAGUAGUUACUUUGAUGCUACUCAUAAAACGGGCGAGUAAACCAAAUGUGCUGUGAACGUGAAGUGUUAAAUCAUAAUAACCUUCGAUGUCUGCUCAGCUUUGGGAGGCUCAGCUGCCCUCUGGAGUUUGAUCCCUUCCGGGAGAGGAGGAGGUGGAGCAAAAGCUUGGAAAACGAUGUCAAGGGGAAAGUGUCCGAACUGUGCCAUCUUCCCUGCUGCUCUACAUUGAUGUCAUUCUUUUCUGGGUACUCCACGUUCUGGCCAAGCGCUCAGCAUCACCGUCCCAGCCUCGGCCCCCUGAACUCUACCUUAGCGUUGCUUUGUUGGCCCUGACCUCCUUGUCAGCCUGCUUGUCACGCUCUUCCCUCCAGAGGCUCUUUUUUGGACAGCUUGGACUAAGUGGAGUUUGAUAAGAAAAUCAAAUGGCAUCCGGGGAUUACUGCUCACCUGGAGAAGGGGUGGAAAUGCUUCACCAAGUCUGCAGCAAACAGUUCCCUCCUUGUAACCUGAGUGAAGAGGAUCUGUUGCAGAACCCACACUUCAGCAGGCUGCUGCUGAGUCUCUCUGAGCAUAUGGACGAGAGUGGCUUGUGCCUCACCCUGGCAGAGGAGCAGGCUCAGGCAUGGAAGGAAGUUCGAGUGCACAGGACAUCAUGGUUGAGGUCAGAAACUCUGCAGAGAAUCAUUCAGGAGCUGCUUGUGGACUACUAUGUAAAGACACAAGACACAGAUUUAACUUCUGAGGACAAAAAGUUUCAUGAGACCCUUGAACAGCGACUGCUUGUGACUGAACUGACCCGACUCCUAGGUCCCAGCCAGGAGAGAGAGAAACCUCCACUGCUAGGGCUGGAGAAAGCAGACCUUUUGGAACUCAUGCCGCCCUCAGAGGAUUUUGUGUGCAUGAGAGCCCGUCUCCAGCUAGAAGUGGAAGAGCAGCUCAAAAAGAAAUGUUUCACUGUGCUUUGCUACCAUGAUCCCAAUUCAGAUGCCGACAGUGAAACCCUGAAGGCAGCAAAGGUGUGGAAACUGGCGGAGGUCCUGGUGGGCGAGAAGCAGCAGUGCCAGGACGCCAAGCGCCAGCAGCAGGAGCAGAUGGUGCUGCUGGAGAGGAAGAGCGCCACCUACUCCCAGGUGCUUCUCCGCUGCCUGGCCUUACUGCAGAGGCUCCUUCAGGAGCACCGGCUGAAGACGCAGUCUGAGCUGGACCGUAUCAACGCCCAGUACCUGGAAAUCAAGUGCAGUGCCAUGAUCCUCAAGCUGAGGAUGGAGGAGCUGAAGAUUCUGUCUGACACGUACACUGCUGAGAAAGUGGAAGUUCAUCGUCUCAUUAGGGACCGCCUGGAGGGAGCCAUCCGCCUACAGGAGCAGGACAUGGAGAGGUCGCAGCAGGUUCUGAACACCUAUGAGGUGCUUGGGGAGGAGUUUGACAGGCUGGUUAAAGAGUACACCCAACUCAAGCAGGCCACCGAGAACAAGCGCUGGGCCCUCCAGGAGUUCAACAAGGCCUACCGCUGAGUGUGCCAGGGCCAGCGAGCACGACUCCUGCAUAGCCACAGCCCCUUCCUGCUGAGAGGAGCACCUCCCCCAGGGACUGCCUCACUACAAGGGAGUGGGAGGGCACCCCCUUAAAACGUAGGCACCCUCCUGGUUUCUCUUCCUCGCUUAUGAUGACUGAGCCCUUUCUGGAAAAUUGAGCAAGCAGAUUGAUUCAUUUUAUGCAUAGCUGUUUGUCAGUGUCAGCCCUGUACUGUAUUUGAUUAUCUCCUAAGUAAAAUGAUAUUAUUAUGU